AAUAAAUUAAAAGAUGUCUUGGAGAAAACCUAAAGUGAUUCAUCCAGAGAGUGGAAAUGGUUAUGAAAUAAGAGGAUUUACUGAACCAACAUUUAAAAGAACUCCUCAUUGUUCAAAUGAUGAUGAUAUUGAUGUAGACAUUCCAAAUGGUGAUCUUGAAUUUGGUAAGAAGAUGUAUGGUUAAGCAUGUGCUGGUUGUCAUGAUUUAGGUAUUAUAUAAUGUAUAUUAUCAAAAGAUAGUGAUCUUGAUUAAGGACCAGCUUUGAGAAAUGCAUUCUUAAGAAGAUUAGGAUCAAACAAAAAGUUUUCUAAUUAUGGAUGGGAUUUAAGAGCUAGAAGAUUAUAUUGGACAAGAAAAUUAUUAUGGGAUUUCUUAUAAAACCCAGAAAAAAUGUUUUUAGAUACUAACAUGCAAUUUGAUGGAGUAUUAUAUAAAAAAUAUACUUUUAGAUUCAAGACCCAAAAACUUUAGGUAGUAUCAUUGAUUACAUGUAAUAUUUAACAGUAUAUACUCAUGAUCACCGAGGAUCAAAAAGACCCAUCUUUUGAAACAGAAUCAAAUAUAUAUAUAUAUAUUAAGCAUCAC